AUGAGUGAUAUACAUCUGAUAUCAGGUUAUAAAGGAAAUUCUGCUACAGGAUUAAUUGGAUCUUCAGUAAAUUUUUCCUGGAGUUUCUCCAAUGGUACAAAAGGUGUUCGGGAAGUUCUGUUUGGGCUUAUCAAAGAUCACCGAGCACGCGAUUUUAUUCCCAAUGGAAUACUAGUAGCUUUUGGUGAAUCAGGAAGCCCAAUGUCUGUUCCAGUUCCCGUACAAUAUAAUGGGCGAGUAAGCGGAAGCUAUGACGGCAACACGUCAACCGGUCACGCCAUCUUCACACUCAUGUCCAUAAAAAAAGAUGAUGAGAGAUUUUUCGGCUGUCGUGUUUCCCCACAAUACGUUUUCGACGCAGAGGUUUUUGACUCUGUAUACUUAAAUGUUGCAGGUGGUUUAUAUUGCUAG